UUAUAUCGUGCGCUGCCCGCACUGGACAGCUUUUGAGGCUUUACAAGAAUCCCUCUCUAAACUUUGGGGGAACAAAAACUUGUUGGUUUUGCAGUUAGCUUAACGGAGGAAUAUGAUAAGUUCAGUAAGUGUUCAUAGGGGUAAAUGUCAAUGUUAAGAGGGCAGAUUCUUUUAAAAUCAGUAUGAACUUAAAGAGUCUCGGCGCGGUGUUGCUGCUUGUGCUCACUCUAAGUGCGGGAGUAGAGAAAUCCGAGAGUGCGGCAUGUCAUGGUUGUGGGACUGGAUCAAAAUGUGACUGUAGUUCGGUGAAAGGAGGGAAGGGCGAUCGAGGGCUUCCGGGUUUGAAGGGUCAGCCGGGUGUUCCAGGUUUCCCAGGACCAGAGGGGCCGAUGGGACCUCGCGGAGAGAAAGGUGAUGACGGACCUCAAGGGUCGAUAGGCCCCAAAGGAAUAAGAGGACCUCCUGGAUUGCCCGGAUUUUCAGGAACACCAGGAAUCCCAGGUCUUCCAGGACAGGAUGGUGCUCCAGGACCCAGAGGAAUUCCAGGCUGUAACGGAACUAAAGGUGAAAGAGGAUUCCCUGGAAAUUCAGGCCUUGGAGGUUUAAAUGGUCAACCGGGUCCACCAGGUCUCAUAGGACAAAAGGGAGAACCUGGGGAAGUCAUCGACAUUAACCGCAUUUCAGAAAACGGACUUCCAGGCAGUAAUGGCUUUCCAGGCAGAAGGGGUGAUCCCGGACCCCCAGGUCUUCAAGGGCCUAUCGGUCCUCCUGGUCCCAAAGGGUUUGAGGGUCGCCCAGGCCCUCCUGGUCCACCGGGACCAAAGGGAAACAUGGGCUUGAAUUUCCAAGGACCCAAAGGAGAGAAGGGUGACCGUGGAUUACAAGGACCUCCAGGGCCACCAGGACAAGUUGGCGAAGUGUCAGGUUCACCAGAUACAGUCAUUCAACAAGGAGAAAAGGGUGAUCGUGGUGUACCUGGAGAUACUGGUUUCCCAGGCCCCCCUGGACCCCCUGGUCCACAAGGGGGUCAGAAAGGAGAGAAAGGAGAACCUGGGGAGGCUGGAAAGAGGGGAAAACCUGGCAAAGAUGGUGAACCAGGUCUCCUUGGAUAUCCGGGUGAUAAUGGAGAUCAAGGGCCUCCUGGUCUGCCUGGACGAGAUGGUUUUAGAGGCCAGAAAGGUGAUCAAGGGCCUCCUGGACCUCCCUCCUACAGGGGUGAUCAGUUCACAGGUGUAGGGGGAAUAGGACCAAAAGGAGACCGUGGUGAGCCAGGAUCCUCUGGUAUUAAAGGAGACAGAGGACUACCAGGUAUUCAGGGGCCACCUGGUCCACAGGGUCCUCCAGGAAUUGGAGGUCCAGGACCUCCCGGUUCACAAGGAUUGCCUGGAGAACGAGGAGAAAAGGGUGAUGAGGGACAGCCUGGAAUCUCACUCCCUGGACCACCAGGGAGACCCGGACCAACAGGACCACAAGGAAUACAAGGACCACCUGGCCCCCCAGGACCAUUCAGCAGUGACAUAGAAUGUAAUCGUGGUCUUCCUGGUCCUCCAGGCCUGCAGGGGGAGCGUGGGUUCUCUGGAGAUAGUGGGCAGAAAGGUCAAAAAGGUGAGACGUGUGUGAAUUGUUUCUCCAAUGGAAACCCUGUCCCAGGACCCCAAGGUUUUCCAGGUCCUCCUGGAAGUCCAGGUGCUCCUGGGGCGUCUGGAUCUAAAGGAGACAGGGGAUUUCCGGGAGGACCAGGGCUCAUGGGUCCACCUGGAAUACCUGGACCUCAGGGUUCCCCUGGAUUCCCUGGAGAGAAGGGUGACCCAGGCGAUAGCCUCUCUGUUGUUGGCGUGAAAGGAGAUAAAGGAGACACGGGUUUUCCUGGCCCUCCAGGUCUGCCGGGACUCGAAGGAAGACCUGGACGUGAUGGAGUGCCUGGUCCACCUGGCCUCAGAGGACCACCUGGUUUGGGACUGAAAGGUACACAAGGUCCCAACGGGGAACCUGGUUUGCCAGGAUCUCCAGGAGACAGAGGUCUACCAGGCUCCCCAGGAUUUGGUCCUCAGGGACCCCCUGGAGAAAAAGGUAUCCAGGGUGUUUCAGGAAGACCAGGGGCACCUGGACUACCAGGUCAGAAAGGUGAACCUGGGUUGGCUGUGCCAGAAGUUGGUGAACGUGGACCCCCAGGACAGGAUGGAGAUCCUGGUUCACAAGGACGUCCAGGUGAUUCAGGCCCACCUGGACAGCCUGGGUUCCCAGGUUUACCUGGAUCCAAAGGAGAUCCUGGUCUUCCUGGUAUUGGUUUGCCAGGACCCCCUGGUGCUAAAGGAUUUCCUGGUAUUGCUGGUUCCCCUGGUGGACCUGGCAUUCCUGGACGACCAGGUUUAGACGGAUUGCCUGGUCAGCCAGGAUUAUCUGGAUCCAAAGGAGAUCCUGGUUAUGGUCUGCCUGGUCCUCCGGGUCCCACAGGAUCACCAGGCAUUAAAGGUGGACCCGGUCUGAAAGGUGAUUCUGGUUUCCCUGGAAGCCCUGGUUCACCAGGCCGCCCAGGUCUCGAUGGGGCCCCUGGACCUAAAGGUGAUGCUGGUUUUCCUGGUAGUCCUGGUCCUCGUGGCCCCCCUGGGGCUCCUGCUUUUGGUCUUCAGGGCCCUCCUGGUCCUCCUGGUGCUCCAGGCUCUAUUGGAUCUACUGGAGUACCUGGGGCGAAUGGAGAAAAAGGAGACCGAGGCCCACCAGGUCUGAGUACUCCAGGCUUCCAGGGUGACAGAGGAAGUUCUGGACUUCCUGGACCUCCUGGUCCAGUUGGUCCACCUGGAGGUCCUGGCCAGCCUGGACAAGAUGGCCUACCGGGACUCCCUGGACCGAAGGGAGACAUGGGCACAAUGGGUGCUCCCGGAUCAAAAGGGAACCCCGGCAACCCUGGAGCUCCAGGCUUUCCAGGGCCUAAAGGAGAUGAUGGUGUCCCAGGACGUUUAGGAAGUACAGGUUUUCCAGGGUUAAAAGGAGACAAAGGUGAACAAGGCAUUCAAGGCCCGCCUGGCUUAACCACAUCUACAAGUGUACUGAAAGGACAAAAAGGAGAAUCUGGUGUUCCAGGUUUUAGUGGACCGCCAGGACCAAAGGGUAUUACAGGUAUCUCUGGAGAUCCUGGUCUGCCUGGGCAAGAUGGACGACCAGGACUACCAGGACCCCCAGGCCCCAAAGGUGAUGCUGGUCUCCCAGGAAUUCCAGGUUCUCCAGGAGCCACAGGAUUAAAGGGGGCCAUGGGAGAGAUGGGAUUGCCAGGAGUUCCUGGAGUCAAAGGAAAUUCUGGCCAAUCUGGCCAACCUGGUCAGCCGGGAUCCCCAGGUGGACCAGGGUUCCCAGGACUCAAAGGUGAACCUGGUUUACCAGGAUACGGAUUACCUGGAAACCCCGGACUAAAGGGUGAACCAGGCACUCCAGGCUUUCCAGGACCUUCGGGCAUGAAGGGCCAGCCUGGCUUUCCAGGACCUCAAGGCUUGACUGGUAGCCCUGGACCAAAGGGUGAUCCGGGACUCCCAGGAUUUCAAGGUGCAGCUGGCAGUCCUGGUCCAAAAGGUUUGGAUGGUGCUCCAGGGCCUGCUGGUCUAAAUGGAGCACCUGGCAGGCCAGGAGAUCCCGGACGAUCUGGGUUACCCGGCAUCCCUGGAGAUAAAGGUCUUGCUGGUCGUGAUGGGAUUCCAGGACCUGCAGGACAAAAGGGUGAACCAGGUGCACCAGGUCUUGGUGGCCCAGGUGUGCCUGGUCAACCUGGUUUGAAAGGCGCUAAAGGAGAUCCCGGUUUUCCGGGUCCUGCUGGUAGUGCUGGAUUUCCUGGUCCAAAGGGUGAUGCAGGAUUCCCUGGCUUGCCUGGACAAACUGGUUCUGUAGGACCACCUGGUCCUCCAGGUUUGCCACUGCAGGGACCUAAAGGUACCCAAGGCCCACCUGGUCCCCCUGGAAGAGCUGGUCCUCCUGGCCUCGAGGGUCCACGUGGACCUGCAGGUAGCGGAGGAGUGAAGGGUGAGAAGGGUUUGCCUGGAGUCCCUGGGACGCCUGGAGCAGCAGGACAGAAAGGAGAUUAUGGUCCUCCUGGCUUUCCGGGUUCCCCAGGAGGUCCAGGAGCAAAUGGCCUGAAAGGAGAUCUUGGACCUCCAGGUGCUUCUGGCUUUCCAGGAUCUAAAGGACUGCCUGGUCCACCUGGUGUUUCUGGCCUCCCUGGAGCACGUGGUGAGGCUGGAGAUAAAGGACCUCCCGGACCCCCAGGUUAUGCUCCAGAGCCUAUUGUCUUGAAGGGCGAGCGUGGCCCACCAGGACCUCCUGGUAUUCCAGGCGGCAGAGGUCAAGCCGGACCAACCGGAUUGCAGGGUCUUCCAGGUUCACCUGGCAGCUCUGGAGACCCAGGACCAAUGGGACCUCCAGGAUUUAACGGCUCACCUGGAAGGAAGGGAGACACAGGUCCAGCUGGACAACCAGGUCAGCGUGGUUACCCUGGCCCUCCAGGUCCAGAUGGGGCUCCGGGACCUCCAGGUAUCACCGGAACUUUGUCUGGUGCACAUGGUUUUCUGAUCACACGCCACAGUCAGACAAUAGAAGUGCCAUCGUGUCCUGAUGGCACAAACCCAAUCUACGAUGGCUACUCUUUACUCUACGUGCAAGGCAACGAGCGGGCACAUGGUCAAGAUCUGGGUACGGCUGGCAGCUGUCUACGUCGUUUCAGCACAAUGCCUUUCAUGUUCUGCAACAUCAACAAUGUCUGCAACUUCGCUUCCCGUAAUGAUUACUCGUACUGGCUGUCCACACCGCAGCCCAUGCCCAUGACCAUGGCACCCAUCACUGGAGAGAACAUCAAACCUUACAUCAGCCGGUGUUCUGUGUGUGAAGCUCCAGCAAUGGUGAUUGCCGUACACAGUCAGACCAUUCAGUUGCCAGCCUGCCCUGAAAACUGGGACACCCUCUGGAUCGGUUACUCCUUCAUGAUGCACACCAGUGCAGGUGCUGAGGGUUCAGGUCAGGCUCUGGCCUCUCCGGGCUCCUGUCUGGAGGAGUUUCGCUCCGCUCCCUUCAUCGAGUGCCACGGACGAGGAACCUGCAAUUAUUACGGCAACUCCUACAGCUUCUGGCUGGCCACUGUGGACGUGAACGAAAUGUUCAGAAAGCCGCAGUCAGAGACUCUAAAAGCUGGAAACUUGAGGACCCGCGUGAGCCGCUGUGUGGUGUGUAUGAAGAGGACGUAACGUAGUGACAUUCGUGCAGUCUGUUGUUGUUGUUAAGGAUCAAGGACUGCUGAUCACCGGUGGAGUUUCAUUGGUGCGGUUUCUUCACGUUUAACUCUAUGGUGCUACUGUGCAACACAGCAAAAGAAACUGAACAGAACAAAUGAAUUUUAUUAGUCUUUAUUAUUAUUUUUUUCAAAGAAGUACCUCAAAAGAAUCAUGCAGAUCCAGCAAGGUGCCAUGACACGACGUGCAUUAGAUAUUUUCUCUCUCUCUUUUUCAUGUUUUCCUUCAAGAAAUGGUACUGUUUUUGUGAGAAGCGCUCUCACUUGUUUUGUUUUGUUGGUUGUUUUCGGGUUGAAUUGUCUCCAUGUUACCAAAUCGGCACUUUGAACAUCAAAGAGACGACAUGCACUGAAGCGUUACAUUAAUGGGACUGCUUUAUUAUCUUUCCCCCCUCCCCAAUCACUUUUUCUUCUUUAUUGGUGGUACUAACACUGCUGUAUCAGGACGUUUUUAGCAUUGUGUCAUUUAUCUCUCUCUCUCUCUCUCUUUGUAAGUAAUAAAAUGUGUAUAUUGUGUAAAACACCUUUUUAGUAUAAAACCAAAUGGAUCUUUUUGUUAAAGAAUUUCUGGGUUCUUUGUCAGUACACUCACCCACUCACGUUUUUUAUUCACAUAUUAGCUCCACGUUCAUUUACACUGACGUUUGUACAAAGAACUUUCUUUAAAUGAAACAGUAUUUUAUAAAUAUAUAUAUAUAUUAAAAAGAAAGUAUAUAUCCAGAAACUUGAUUUGGCUGUAGGAGGUUUUUUUAUUCACUAGUUGUCAAGCAAAGGUCAGUGUGUUCUUCAUCAGUGCAGUUUUUUUUUUUCUUUCCUUCCAUUUUGAUUUCAUUAAACCAGCAAGGAAAUAUCUGUGAAAAUCCAUCAGAUACUAGUGUUAUGAGUUUGUAAACCUGUCAUUGGUUCUUAUUUGUGUUUAUAUUACACCACAGUGUGGUGUACUGUGGUUUUAGAGCCACUGCGUGUCAGCAAAUUGAAGCAAACCACUGUGGCGUAUUAUAUUAUAGCUAUUUGAUAUAUGUAUGCAUAUUUUUCAUUUAAAAUUUGCUGACCGAUCGUGGUUGAGCUCAUCUAAAACUGAACUAUUUUUUCUAGGUCAUCAUGGGGUGCAAGAAUGUCUAUUUCAAAAUCAUUUCCCACUUUUAUGUUUAGUAUCCAGUUGUUAUGAACUUAAAUGACUGAAAUAAAAGAAACAAACUUU